AUGAGUCAUGAGCAUGUUGUUGCAGCAGGUCCCACUAUAGGGACUUCAAAGGCAAAAGAACUGGUGACGUUAAGCUCUCAUCCCUUGUUGAAGUCUCCGGAGAUUUCAAAUGCUAGGAGACAUCUCUCGGCAGCUGAAUUUCACUCUGUUCUUCAGAAUGCUGGUGAAUGUCAAGAGUUAAGUAGUGGCUCCAACAAGGAACUGAUACUGUUAGAUGCAAGAAACUUGUACGAGACGAGAAUAGGCAAGUUUCAUGCUCCAGAUAUCAAAACAUUGGAUCCAGCGAUCAGGCAGUAUAGUGACUUGCCCUCAUGGAUUGAUGACAAUUCCGAGCAAUUGUGGGGGAAUAAUAUCCUUAUGUACUGUACUGGAGGAAUUAGAUGUGAGAUGGCAUCAGCCUAUAUCAGAUCUAAAGGUGCUGGUUUUGAAAAUGUUUUUCAGUUAUAUGGUGGAAUCCAAAGAUAUAUGGAACAAUUCCCAGAUGGAGGCUUCUUCAAAGGAAAAAAUUUUGUUUUUGACCAUCGGGUUUCUGUUGGGAGCUUAGAUCCUAUUGUGUUGGGAACUUGCCUCCUCUGUGGCGUGUCAUUUGAUAACUACACUUCACGUUGCCGGUGUACUCACUGUAGGAUGCUUGUGUUAGUCUGUGAUCAUUGUCGGGAAAUAAAUCGGUCUUAUGUUUGUGAAUUGUGCCAGAAAGAUGGCAAGCCUGUUAAAUCCAUUUGCUCUAUGUCGGGAGAAGUACCAGAAACAGCAUAUGAUAAUCAGAGUCUCGAGAUUGAUCAAGCCUCGUCUCUUCUAUCUUCGAGUGAAGGUUGAGCUUGUGUGUCGGGUUCUCUCCUAAGUUAGUUGCUGCAAAUUCAUCAUAGCAGGUCAACUAGUUCAUGAGGACUUGGUGCUAGAACACAUAAUAUGAUAGAUUUUUGUUUUAGCUAUAAGAUAGUUGGUACUUUCAAUUUUGAAUCGAAAUAUGCAAUGAUCAUAUGUACUUGAUACUUGGUUCAUUUGGAUGGUAAUGUAUGAAUAUUUUGGAUGAUAUAUAAUAUUGUUAUUGGUGAUU